CGCGCCAGCGUAGCGUACAGUCACGGUGGGCGAGUGGGCAUGUGUGCGUGCGUGUUAUGUACAGAGAAAAUAAAGUGAAGAAAUUUCCCAAAGAAGUUUUCUUUUUUCACCCUGGCCAGAAGUUGAUUGACAAUUUGCUGGGAUCCGCCAAUACGUCGCGCGAAGGAUCUAUGUGCAAUUCGCGUUGUGAAAUACGUCGCGUCUCGGCCAGAUAGUUCGCAGUUUGCUGAAAGCUUGUUGAUCGCACUCGUCCAUCGUCGGAUUCAGUGGCUGCACGGGGAAAAUGUCAGUCGUCGCAAGUCGAAAUCAAGUCAAGUGAAAAAAAUGACAUUAGAAACGAGUCGCGACCACGAUUUUUAUUUUCUAAACAAAAAACAGUAAAUAAAUCCACGAUUAUAUGUAAAUAUCCUAGAGAAUUUCGAUACAAACGCUUUGCCAGGCUGUUUUUCAGUUCCCGUUCGUUCCGAUUGCGCCAAGGAUUGGCCCCAAUGAGUUUCAAUUGUGUUGACCUAAUUUUAACGGGAUCAAGUUAAUGUCAAGAAUUAAGCAUAAAUUAUAGCUGGGGGAAGCGGCCCGGAAGUGAAUUUCAUAUAUUUUGUGAUGUUUGCGGACAAGCUGAAGGGAUAACCCACUUAUAUUUACAUCCAGCCAACCAGCCAGUUCAUACCAAGCCAACCAGAUUUUCAUUUUCCUUCACUCAGCCGACUGGGCAGCAACACAGGCACAAGAGUAUUUCAAGCAGCGAGCGGAACUGUGAAAAGAAUUCUCGAAUCCGUUACAACAGACUCUAGAGUAUUUGGCAACGGCAUCAGUUCAAAAAUCCUCACAAAGAUCUUGCUGUGGGCGAAUCCAGGUGUGGGCCAUUCCUUCGCGGUUAGUGCAAACAGAAUUUCGCGCCGAAGACACAAAGGACAACAAUGUGCGAGCAACCGUCAUCACUUGAAGGUCAGAAAUGGAUUUGUGAAUACUGCACCUACGAGAAUUUUCAAUCUUCGUUAAAAUGCACGAUGUGCAAGGGAUUGAAGCCGCUCUUAAAUGAGGAUAUAUUUCGAUUAAGCCCACCACAACCGAAAUCGAAUAAUUGUCAUCCACUCAUAGAAGCCUCCAGCUUAACUUUUUCGCAGUCAAAUUUAAAUGCAUCUGGUGGUCCAUCAAAUCAAGAUGCAUCGAAAGCAAAAUGGCCAUGCCCGCGAUGUACUUAUUUAAAUUGGCCACGCACUAAACGUUGUGUGCAAUGCUAUACGAAACGAUUUGAAGACGAUUGUGAUAUGGAAACGGUAAUAUCAACAACUGGAGCUACAACCACAGCAACGACUACGCAAAUUAAUAAUACAACAAUGAGCAAUACUAUUCGCGAUCAAAUGAAAAAUUUAACGAUUGGCGAAUUAGGAAGUGAUGGUGGCGGUGGUGGUGGUGGCGGUCCAAUUGUGACGACUGGAUCAGAUUCAGAUUUAGCGGGUAAUGCAUUGGUAACCGGAAAGGGACAAUCGUGUCGUUUGAGUCCGGUUGGAUCUGUAAAUAAUUUAGCUAGCUCAAAAUGCCUGACGGGAGCUGUUAGUAACCGUAUUAGUCCCAUCGAAAGUCGGCCUUUUGUUAAUAAAUGGGCUUGCAAUAGAUGUACUUAUGAAAAUUGGCCAAAGAGCCUCAAAUGCUCGAUGUGCGGUAAUUUAAAAGAACAUAAUAACGAUAUAGUAGAUCGAUGUAGUGCAAACAACACAAAGUUGUUUCCAGAGAAAGAUCUAAAUGAGGAGAACUCUACUACUGUAACUUCAAACAAUACGCUGUCCAAUAAUAAUAAUAUUAAUAACAAACGAAGCAGCACUAAUCGAUAUCAAUUAGGCUCUUCAGAUACUACAAAUUGUGAUUCCAUUCAAGAAAGACAGGAACGACGCAUUCGUCAAGUACGAAGGCAAGUUGAUUGGCAGUGGUUGAAUGCAUGCGUAGGUGUAGUAGAAAACAAUUUCAGUGCAGUUGAAGCAUAUUUAUCGUGCGGCGGUAAUCCGGGUCGAGCGCUUACUAGUAGCGAAAUUGCAAUUUUAAAUAGGAAUUCAGCAUUCGAUGUUGGACACACUCUCAUACAUUUAGCUAUAAGAUUUCACCGUGAUGAAAUGCUACCCAUGCUCCUCGCUCAAAUAUCCGGUUCGGGACCAGGCAUAAAGCGUGUCCCAUCAUAUAUUGCACCAGAUCUAGCCUCGGAUAUACGUCGUCAUUUUGCCAAUUCAUUACGUAUUCGAAAAUCACCGUUCAAUUGUCAUUAUAUUCACGAACAUGCUACAUUUGCUUUACCGGCGGAAAUAGAGGAACUACCGAUACCAAUUCAGGAGCAAUUAUAUGAUGAGUUGUUGGAUCGCGAUGCACAAAAACAACUGGAAAAUCCACCACCAGCUUUAAAUUGGUCACUAGAAAUUACCGCUAGAUUGGGAUCACGUUUAAUGGUGCUAUGGAAUCGCAGUGCAGGCGAUUGCCUGUUGGAUUCGGCAAUGCAAGCCACCUGGGGAGUAUUCGAUCGUGACAAUACUCUCCGGCGAGCAUUGUCCGAUAGCCUACAUCAAUGUGGACAUGUAUUCUAUUCCCGUUGGAAGGAAUACGAAAUGAUUCAAGCUGCCCUUUUACAUUUCACUCUAGAAGAAACCCAGUGGGAAGAAGAUUGGAGCACUUUGCUAUCACUGGCAAGUCAACCCGGUUCCUCAUUAGAGCAAUUACACAUAUUCGCUUUGGCGCACAUAUUACGUAGGCCAAUUAUUGUGUAUGGAGUGAAAUAUGUUAAGAGCUUUCGAGGAGAGGAUAUCGGUUAUGCUAGAUUUGAAGGACUUUAUUUGCCGUUACUAUGGGAACAAAGUUUUUGUAUAAAAUCUCCUAUAGCCCUAGGCUACACCCGCGGCCAUUUCAGUGCUUUGGUGCCGACAGAACCAUAUUCUAGGAUAGAAGCGAGUCGAGACGAUACCGAAGACGUUACGUUUUUACCACUCAUGGAUUGUGAGAUGAAAUUGCUACCUAUUCAUUUUUUAACACAAGCAGAGAUGGGUAGAGAGGAAGCGAUCAUGCGGCAAUGGCUCGAUGUUUGUAUGACGGAAGGUGGAAUUCUUGUGGCCCAGCAAAAGCUACGCAAGCGACCGCUUCUGGUGGCGCAAAUGCUAGAAGAAUGGCUUAAUCACUACAGACGCAUUGCACAAGUUAUAUCAGCACCAUUUGGACGGCGCCCCCAGCUCACCGGUUACUCGAGUGACGGUGACACAGACGAAGAAUAAGAGCAUUUCGGGAGAAAAAAAUCAUCAUGAUGAAAAGAAACAAAAUUACGUUACUUUCUUUUUCCUCCAAAAGCUAAAAAUAUAUAGUUUAAAUGAAAUAUUAAUACGAUUCUAUUUUUAUUACUUGAAUUCAAAAUAGAGAAAAAAGAGAAUAGUGCUAUUCGCGGUAAAAAUAUAACGAAAACUUGUUGCAAAGCAAAAUAUAAAAUUUUAAUGGGUAGUAAGUACGUAAAUAGGAUCAAAUGCAAUGAAGAUAUUCACUGUAGUUAGUUCUUUUCGGUUUUUCUUUAUGUUACUUCUCUGUUUCUUUUUGAGCAUUGUAUAUUUAUUAAAGAAACGAACGAACAGAGAAAUCCAGUUGAUAGAGAGAAGAAAUAAUUGAAAACUUCACGAAGCAGCUUCCUUUUCAUUUCAAUGUCCUUUGUCGCCCAAAUUCAACGAUUUUAGCAAAAGAAUGAGAUAAAUAAAUUGUACUAAAACAGAUAAGAGAAAACCUAUAUAAAACUAUAAGUAAAUAUAACGGCAAAUUCAGGUUUGUGAUACUCUUGUUCUUAUUUGUACAAAAAAAUGCAAAACAAAAAGGAUGAAAAAUAUAUUUAAUAUAUAUCUAGUGUUAA